AAGAUCAGUCGAUGGAGAUCGUCGAAGAAGUGAGCCCAAUUAUCGAAUGCCAACUUCCAAUGCAGGCUCAGUUGAAUCAGAAUGACUUUGACGAUCGUGUGUGCGAAGAAAACGUUGGGUGCGAUACACACGAAUGCGGUAUGACAGUUGACAGAUCGGAGAAAAGUAGCAGCUCGAAAGUUGUAGAACAAGCCAGAAAAAUUAUCGAAUCGAAUGCCGAGAUGUUGACUUUAAAUCAACCGAAUUCAAAUCGAGAGACCGAGCAAAUGGGGGAGAGGUAUGCCGUCCAAAAUUCGAUCAACAAUCAAAAGCCCCACAAGUUCAAUGAUCAAUCCUCUGUAAGCGUAAAAGAUCAAAAUAAGCCUAAGCCAUCCGGAGCCUACGAUCCUGUUGCCCGAAAGUUGCGGUACCUAACCGAACGAAAUAAAUCUUUGGCGAAAAAGUUGAAGGAGAGUCAGUCAGCAAAUAUCAAGUCGAAGGUCAAGAAGAAGAUCGACUCCGUACUGAAAACAUUGUCUACGGAGGUACCUGCAGCACAGUUCGAUUUCAUUAAGCUCCAACUCAAAAACACUGGAAAAGCGAAGAAAGGAAACCGGUUUACGUUCGAGGAAAAGAUGCUGGCAUUGGUUAUUUAUAAACAAAUUCCAAAACGUUAUCAAGGCCUACGCAAGAUUUGUAAUCUCCCGACCAGACAAACACUCAUCGUGCAUUCUGCUACUGUUCGAUUUAAGCAAGGAAUCAAUCAAAAUUUAAUGAGUUUCAUCAAAGAAGCCGUUUCGAAAAUGGAACAACUGGACAAAUUGUGCACUGUCGGCUGGGACGAGAUGUCACUGACUUCGAGCCAUCACUUCGAUCAAAUCAAGGACUAUAUUGAUGGCUUUGAGGACACUGAAUCGAAACGAACAGAUAAUUUCGCAACACAUGCGUUGGUAUUCAUGGCCAGAGGUAUCACAUCAGCGUUCAAGCAGCCGAUUUCAUAUUUUCUUACGGCCAACUUGAAUUCUACUGAACUAGCAGAAUUGGUCCUACUGGUCACCUCUGCGGUAAUGGAUACUGGUUUAAACGUUAUCGGAUCGGUGUGUGAUGCUGUCAACACAAACCUUGCUGCAGUCAAUAAACUGAUGGGUGUUAAGCCUAAGCAAAGCACAACAGGACAGCUUCUGGAGUAUUACAUCAACGGUUGCAAAAUUUGGCACUUUUUCGAUCCCCCUCACUUAAUUAAAUCGGUGCGAAACAAUUUGUUGCUGAAAAAUCUGCUUCACACUGUUUCGUUCAAUGAAGCGAAAUUCAGAACUGACGGCACAAUCAAUUGGAACUACAAAAGCAAACAGCAGAAAACAGCAUCUUGGAUCGAUGUAUCGGAUUUUUUUAAAUUCAACAACGACUGUGAGAGCGGACUGUUCAAUCUAAUUCCAAAUGUUACUGACGAGCACAUAACUCCUACGCGACGAAAAAUGAAAGUAAGUCUCGCAACUCAGGUAUUCAGUGGAACUUGUGGUCGCAAUAUGUACAUCUGCUGGAAACGAAAACAAUUCAAAAACAACUGCAUCGGAACAGCUGCUGUGCUGCUUUUUUUCAACGAGCUGUUUGAUAGCGUUAACGGUGAUGUCACUCCGAUCCCAGACCAACUUAAAGGGUCGGUUACAAUGACAUCGAAUCACUUCACGUUUUGGGGUUAUGCUAUACGAAUGCUGGACGGUAUGAAAUUCACUGAAAAUUUAACAACCGGAAAACCGAACCAGAGCCAUGUUUGUCAACAUUGGAUUUCAUCAUUAAAAGGCUUACGAUGCAUUUCCAAACAUUUGUUAGAAUUGGGGGUGGAGUCUAUUGGACUGCGACGUCUAAACCAGGAUGGUCUGGAAAAUCAUUUUUUUUAAAUUCGUAACAAUUGCGGCUCAAAUCCCCGGCCGAACACAAGAGAUUUCCGAAAU